AUGGACGUGGCGCUGCUCAACGCGGAGCUCACGACGACGGACGACGAGCUGGAGCUGACGGACAACGAAGUACCGCGCAAGCUGCGGCAGGGGAGCGCGCGGGCGCUGAGCCCCGGCCCACUGUCGCGGCCCGUGCGCGGCCCGCCGGACCUCGAGCGCGUCGAGCACAGUGGGAGGCAAACGGGACCCAAGGGCGUGCGGGACGAUGCGCGCGCAGCGGCGGCGGCUGCGAGACAGCGCACAGCGGACGCGAUCAAAGCCACGCGGGCAGAGCAGGAGCGGCGGGCGAUCGUCGCCCCGUCGUUCCGGGAGGAAGAGGCGCGGCGGGCGCUCGAAGCUGUCCGGAUCGAAGAGGAGGAGGACCUCGCGGCGCUCCGCCGCCGCCGGCUGGCCGCGCUCAAGCGCAGCACGGUGCGCGAGGUCGACAGCGCGGGAUACGUCGCCGCGGUCGAGCGGCGGGGCUGGGUCCUCGUCGCGAUCUACGAGCCCGACAUGCCGCGCUGCGACGCGCUCCUCGCUGCGCUGCCCACCGUCGGCGUGCCGGCUGUGCGGGCGCGCGCGGCGCGCAUCGGCUUCUCGCUGCUCGCGGACACGGCGCGUGUCGACCGCUACGACUCGGACUCGGAGGAGGAGGGCGAGGCGCGCGCAGACCGCGACGUCCUCCCCACCUUGCUCGCGUACCGCGACGGCGAGCUGCGGCAUAAUUGGGUGCGCGUGGAUCUCGAGCCUGCGUACGCACGCGGCCUCGGCGCGCUGCUGGAGAGCGAAGGCAUUUCGGCGCCGCACGCUGAGGAGAGCGAUGAGGAGAGUGACUGAUCUGCGGUCUACAUAUUCAUAGCAUUGUGCAUUGGUGGCAUAGCA